AUGGCGCCUCAUUUGUUUUGCCAGCUUCUCAUAAUACCUCACGCAACUGUUUUUGCACGGACAGGAAGCACUAGCCAUUUCAUCAACCCACCCGAAGAGAAAAUUCCAGAUCAAGAUGCCAACAUCAACUCUGUCUAUCGAGUUGGCGACAUUGUCAACAUCGCUUGGAGCACGUCCGAGGGGUUGGUGAAUUUGAUCAUUAAUCAAGAUAAUUCCAGUCUGACUGAGCUAGAUUAUUUGCCAAAUUCAGUGGCGCUAACACAACAGUCAUACAGCUGGAAGGUCACAAUCGACGGCAGCGACGGCGGCUCGAAGUUCGACAUAGCGAAGGACAACCAAUUCAACUUCCAAUUAUUCAAAAUAAAUGGUACCAAACCCGUGGCUUUCAGUACAUUCUUCAACAUCACGAAUUCCACAGUCGACCAAUAUGGCAGCGCCAUUUCAACAUCUAGGGCGCCUGCGACUUUAGCGGCUAGCUCGCCGCGCAGCUCAGGUACGAACGCGAGUACGACGACAGCGUUGCCGUCAUUUGCAAGCUCAAGCGCGCGCGCGACAUCAGAACUUCCACCUGUGCAACUUCAAGACAGUUCUUCUUCAACGACAAGGGUUCCACUUGGCGCUGUGCUCGGGGUUGGAGUCUUCAUAUGUGUCGUUGCUGCUCUUGUGGCGUACUUCCGUCUACGGCAGAAACCUGCACAACGAGGUUCACACCCCAGCAAUGAUCUGGCCCCGCAACAUUCUUCACGGCCAUACAACGAGCUGCACGAGUACCCACCAGGAUACUGGAAGGCUGUGACUGCGUUGAACUCGUCAACAAGAUCGACAGUUCAAGCAGUUGAAUUGCCGUCAUGA